UCCCGAACCGCCCCCAUUGAAGUCUGUUGUCGUCGGGUUGGGGGCGAUGGGGUGGACGAGAUUAAUGAAAUAAAGAAAAAAGGCGACAUCCAGAAACCAUCACUCCUGAGCCCCUCCCAGUCCAUGAUUUGCGGAUUCAAGGCUUGACAAAGAGACCGACCAUUCAGGAUGAAAGUAAUCAGCGCUGCAGCUCUUGGCGCCCUGUUCUGCACCGUUGUGUCAGCAUCUUUGAAAGUCAAAGAGGAACACAGGACAGCCUUCUUUGGGGAGGACAUUCACAUCGACAUCCUGCCUGGGAACGUUAGUGAGGUUGUGUUCAAACCCAGAACCAAUCACUCUGCUGAGGUGGUUCUGCUGCGAGCAGGCCAGGUGGUGAGUCCACGGGGCCGUCUUACCACUCUGGGCCACCUGGUGGUGGAGGACGUGCAGGAGGAGGACGAGGGGGUGUAUAUCACCAGGAACAUCAACCAUCCCAACACAGCCAAGCACCUCAGCCUCAUUGUCAGGGACUGCGCUUUGGAGCAAGUGGUGAAGUACGGAGAAACUUACUACAUCCAUCUCAAUCAUGUGGAGGGCCCCAUCACCCUGGAGUUCAGGCCUAGUCUGGUUCAGCCCAAUCAGACUGAGAUACAUCAUGCAACAGAGCCUCCACCUGUGAUGCUGUAUAACAAGACAGAAGUUCUGGCAGAAGAGUAUGUGGGGCGUCUCAGCGUGUCAGAAAAACGGGUGACUCUGCACUCGGUCAGGAUGACGGACGAGGGGAGCUUUACAGUGCUGGACCGUGAGGGCAAAAUCAGGAGGAGGAACUGUCUGAAUGUCAGAGAGCACCAGAACUUCAUCCACCUCUCCAACAGAGAAAAUCUGAAGAUGAAACUCUAUGUGGACCAUUCCAAUCUUAACAUCGUCUACAGGCCCAAAUCAGAUAAUCAGGACCGGGUCGUCCUGAACCAGGGGGUCCUGGUGACACCGCUGGACCCUCAGCUGGAGGGCAGGUUGAGUGUGGAGGGAUCAGAGCUCAUCAUGAAAAAGGUCCACCUGUCCGACAUGGGCGUCUUCAUUGUGACAGACCGGGCUGGGUUUCCUGUGGCUCAUGUCUACUUAGAGGUUGAUGCCUACAGGCUGCCUCCCCUGACUGUAGCCAUCCUCUCCCUGCUGAGCGUGAUCGCCUUCAUGCUGCUGGUGUGCCUGCUGUCCUGCCUCUAUAGAGUGCACAAGAGGAACGAGAAGAACAAGAAGCUGAUGCUCCUUGCUCAGCAGGCCGGAAAGGGAGACGGCGAGGCUUUCAGACAGGUGGUCCAUGAGGCUUACACCAGGUUUACUGAGGAAUCUUUGAUGCAGUCUGUGUGUGAGAAGCCAUCAGAGAGCACAGAGGUCACCAUAAAGGGCCUUGAGGUCUCCAAACCAGGUCGCUACCAUACUCUCUCCUCAGACAAUUUCCUGGAGAUGAGCGACUCUGGGGUGGAGUUCACUAGCUCUGGCCUUCCACUGGACAGCGACACUGAUGCUGCGAUGACCUACGCCUCCCACAAGCCCCUCCUGAAUGCCGUCUCUCCUACAGCCGUGACUGAAGAAGUUCACUCCGACAGCCAGGAGGCCACAGCGGUUCCCCAAGGCGACCUCAGUGCCAGCCGGACCCCUGACUCCGCCAUGAGCACCAGCCCUGCCUCUAAUCCUCGCUCACUUGCAGCCGCCACCCCUGACGGCAGCCUGCAUGGUGCUGCAUCGCCAGGAGCGGCCUCCAGGGGCACCGCUGGGUCAGAUUCAGCCAAGACAGAGGGAGGGGCUCAGAGUGAGGAAGCUGGGCAGACGGAGGAAUCAGCUCUGAGCACCUGAGCGGAUCCACCAGGGUGUAUUUUUUUUUAGCUCACGGUCCUAAUACAGUAAUGACAUCCACAACAAUCUGGCUCUGUUGAUCAUAUCAAAACACCACCAAGUCCUUCAUUGAAACAACAUCACAGACAAAAUACUCAUGCUUGGAAUCAGAUGUCAGUUUGCCUAAAAGAGAAUAAUAAAACGGCAGUUACACAAAAUGCACAAUACAACAUUUAAUGCACUGAGCACUGGAAAAAUUAGAUGCAAAAGAGAAACCCCAAGCUGUAUCAAAAGAACAAAGCCAAAUCUGUGCAUAUGGAAAAUGCAUGCAUUUAAAUGAAACAUUAAAGUAGAUAUUAUAGUUCAGCUCUACAGGAAAAUGCUGACAUUAGAGUAGACUGACUGCAUGCGAGCUUCAAUGGGCCGAGGACACACAGGCUCAAAAAGAAGUUACAGUAAUGUGAAAAGGGUAAAACACUCUCAGCACUUUCAGGAAAACACUGAAAUGGGAUCAAAUAAUUUCACCUCCUGCCGAAAGGUUGUCAAAAAAAAUAAAAAAAAUAAAUUAAAAAAAUUGGGAGUUUGACAGUUUUGAUAGGUGGAGUCAGCACGGCUCCAACGAACCAGACUUUAUUUUCUAAGACCAAGGCUACUAACAACAACAGCAAAGAGCGUCUCCUGAACUGAGGCGAAUCACAGUGUGUUGCGUCUGACAGCACUUUUGUCUGCUCUCACGGCAUCAGACAAGCACCAUGAUGAUUGCAUUUCAUCCCACCCUAUAUGCAGACUCUAUUAUUAACAAUAUAAGUGUGUCAGAAAGUGUCUCCGCCUCUCAGACAGAAGUGCUUGUCUCAGCACUCGUUCACCGAUAUCCUUUCUGAAAAGCCUGCAAACUGAAACAAGCCCUGUAGACUGAAUACCACCACUCCUAUGUGAACGCUGGUGGUUGUUUUCCUUUCUCUCAUAUCUUUGCUGUCAAAUGUGCCACAUUUGAAGGUGUCAUCUGAAGAAACCUGUCGAAAUGUCCACCUCAUCUCACUCACGCUAAUGAUGAAUUCCGCAGAAAACACCCACAAGAACGACAGUUUACUGUAGAAACUGUCCUCAUCUGUUUUGAUCCCCCCCCCCCCCCCCCCC